AGACAGUUGUUCUAACCCAGCAUCACCGUCUUUCGUUAAACCAUCGCCCGGGCGUGCUGACGGCGAGAACAAUACCCCCCUUUCCUCCAUCAUGUCGAAGUAUCUGAAGGAUAUCAAGCAUGCAGUCGAUCAGAAGUUCGAGCAGCUCGAUCACCAAUUCGACAACAUCGACAAGCUCACUGCAAAGGGGCUUCGUCAUGCACAGCUGACGACCAUGGGCCUGAUUAAUCCGAACCGCCGACAUGAUAGUGAGACGGAAAAGGAGGAGGAUCGAAUACGCGCCGCAAUCAAUUCAAGCCACCGUUUCGAGUCUUUUGCUGGCCUGCGAGAGCAGAAUUUUGUCAAGUGGCACAUUGACGGACAUGACUACAUGUACGCCCUCUCCGAGAUGCUUGACAGUGCGAAAGAGGUGAUCUUCAUUCUUGACUGGUGGCUCUCCCCGGAGCUCUACCUUCGCCGGCCCGCGGCGUACCACCAACAGUGGCGCCUCGACCGUCUGCUCAAACGCAAGGCGGAGGAGGGCGUACGCAUAUAUGUCAUCGUCUAUAAAGAGGUCACCCAGACGAUGUCUAUGAGUUCGUCGCAUACCAAGCACGCUCUCGAAGACUUGCACCCGCACAUUGCAUGCAUGCGUCACCCCGACCACAUCGGUAGCCGCGACGAUGUUGCAUUCUGGUCGCACCACGAGAAGCUAGUGAUUGUCGACAAUCAUCGUGCAGCCGUCGGUGGGCUCGACCUGUGCUACGGACGCUGGGACUUGCCCGCACACCCGCUCGCGGACGUGCACCCGGCGGAUCCACGUAAUAUCGUGUUUCCUGGCCAGGACUAUAACAAUGCGCGCAUCCUUGACUUUAAAGACGUCAAGGAUUACGUGAACAAUGGACUCAGUGUGCUCGAGACGGCGAGAAUGCCAUGGCAUGAUGUACACACAACAUUGUGCGGUCCAGCCGUGCUUGAUUUGGUGCAGCACUUCGUAGAACGGUGGAACGAAGUCAAAUUGCGCAAGUACGAAAAGGAACACCGAUACGAUUGGCUCGCCUUGCCUAAAGAAGAGGAAGAAGAAGAAGAGCCACCCACUCCGGAUGAGGAAAGAAGACGUCAUCCUCAUCGUGAUAAAUGGCGCGAAAUAGGACGGGACUUCCGGCAGCGCUUCCACGGGAUCCAUCGGCACGAGGUGCUCGACCAGCUUGACGACCCCAAGCUAUAUCCUCGCCCGCCGAACGGGACAUGCCGCGUACAGGCGGUGCGAAGCGUGAGCGACUGGAGCCAUGGCGUGCUGACGGAGCAUAGUAUUCAGAAUGCCUACUGCCAGUUGAUCAUGGAGGCUUCUCACUACAUCUAUAUCGAGAAUCAAUUCUUCAUUUCGAACACGCAGAAAGAGGGCCCGAUUAAGAAUCAGAUUGCUGCUGCGCUUGUUGCGCGCAUUCUCAGGGCUGCGCGGGAGGGAGUCAAGUUCAAGGUUGUCAUUCUCAUUCCGGAGGUCCCAGGAUUCGCAGGGCCAGUGAAGGAGGAGACGGCUAUCAAGACUAUCAUGGCUGCACAGUACAGGACGAUGAACCGUGGCGGACACAGCAUCUAUGAGGAGAUCAGAAGGGCAGGCUUCGAGCCAGAGAAUUACAUCCGAUUUUACCACCUGAGGGCCUAUGACCGCAUCAAUGCUCCAUAUACAUCAUAUUUGAGCCAGAUUGAGCAGAUUAGCAGCGUCAGGUUCCAUCAAGCCAUGGCAGCUGUCGCCCGCCUCUGGGUGGGUCCAGGAGAGGAGAAGGAUGCGCCCGCGAACCUCACUGUCGUUCUCCCUACGGGCACACUCAGCGAGGAAACGUCCGCAGCGGGGCCUCCCAGACCGGAGAUGAAAACGGAAACGUAUCCGCUCCCGAAAUCAUACCAGGAGGCGCACGAUAUCCUGUGGCGCUGGAAGGAAGCCGCGUCGAAGCUCCGGAGCGACGAGUCAGUGGCGGACAAUGUGGUGCAGCAUAUGCUCCAUGACAAGACCAGCUUGUUGGAAGAGAAGUGGUUGGGCACCCCGGAGGAGGAGAAGGCAGCGUAUGUGUCGGAGCUGCUGUAUAUCCAUUCGAAGCUUAUGAUCGUGGAUGAUCGCCGGGUUAUUAUCGGCUCAGCGAACAUAAAUGACCGAAGUCAAAAGGGAGAUGGUGAUUCUGAGAUCGCCCUGGUCAUCGAGGACGAGGAUAUGAUCCCUACAACAAUGGACGGCAAGCCCUAUAUGGCAAGCCGCUUUGCUGCGUCUCUCAGGCGGAAGCUGUACCGAGAACACCUCGGUCUCAUUGCUCCCCACUUCUGCGACGAUAUUGAGGAGGUUACCUCGUUCAUGCGCCCAGCGCCGCAUCCCAAUAGCGACGAGACGUUCGACAAAGAGGACUACAUGGUCGCGGAUCCUCUAUCGGAGGAGACUGAGAGAUUGUGGAACGAGACAGCUAAGCAUAAUCGAGAUAUCUUCACUGAGAUCUUCCGUCCCGUCCCGACGAACCUCACGCGGGACUGGAAUGCAUAUUGGCGGUAUAUUCCCAAGAACAUGCCUGGCCACGUCGCCCCUGAGAUUCCUAUCGAGCGUGUGAAGGACCGGCUUUCGAAAGUCAGAGGCUCGCUUGUUGAAUGUCCACUGGACUUUUUAAUCGAUGAGAAAGUCUUUGUGCAAGGCGUCGAUUGGAAAGGACUGAACCCGACGCUGCCUAUAUAUAUCUAGAGAUAUAGCGAUUGAGCUUGCGCUAAAUGCUGCUCAGGCAGGUUUAAGAGAUCUCAUUUCAAACUGUAUUUGUCAAGGAUGGCUGGAUAUAAUACAAAGGGAAUCUAACGGAGCAGGUACGUAUCUGGGCUCGACGAUUGCGUUGUGAUGCGCACUCUGGUUGUGUGUUGGAUGGCUUUGAUGCUGCCGUUGUUCCAAAUAACAGAAUGUUAUUUGGCUAUACCAUGACUGCACACUUUCCCG